UCACGGAAAUAAUUUUUUUUUCAUACACUCACACAUAUAAAUAGUGAGAGAAUCAUCAGGUACACAAAGGUACAUCACAAUGGCGAUGGAAAGCCGAAAUAGCUCCGCCGUCAACGGCGUCGAUAUCUACCACCUGCCGGAAGGUUGCAUAGCGAACGUUCUAUCAUUAACGUGUCCGAGGGAUGCGAGUCGGUUAUCGCUUGUUGCUUCAACUUUCCGGUCCGCUGCUGAAUCGGAUGCCGUUUGGGACCGGUUUUUGCCGCCGGAUUAUCGUGAUAUUAUUUCCCGGUCUAGUGAUCGACCGGAUUCGGUUGUGUUCGGUUCGAAGAAAGAGCUUUAUCUUUAUCUCUGUGAUCAUCCUUUUCUGAUUGACGGUGGCACUAAGAGCUUCUCAUUGGAGAAGCGCAGUGGAAAGAAAUGUUACAUGUUAGCUGCAAAGUCACUUGCAAUUGUUUGGGCUGACACACCUAGGUAUUGGAGAUGGAUCUCCCUUCCCGAGUCCAGGUUCUCAGAGGUCGCUGAGCUUCUUGACGUUUGCUGGUUUGACAUUGCCGGCAAGAUAAACACUUCUAUGUUAUCCCCUGACACCAAUUAUGCAGCGUACUUUGUGUUCACAACGAAAUCCAGGACAUAUGGAUUUGAUCACCAAAGUGCAGAGGGUGCAUUAGGGAUUUCGGGGCAUGAAAGAAAAUCACAUACAGUUUUUCUGGAUCCAGAGGCAGCACGGAGGCAUAUGUACCAAAUUGUUCCAAGGCGGCUGGGACUAUUGAACCAGAUGGCGAAUAUCCUAAGACGGGAAGUGAAUCCACCUUCAGAAAACGAAGCACAAGCACGAUAUCCACAACAGAGAAGUGAUGGAUGGUUAGAAGUUGAGUUGGGAGAAUUCUUUGUCAAGAGAGGGCAAGAAGUAGAACUGGAGAUGAGCUUGACAGAGAUCAAGGAAGGUAACUGGAAAAGUGGCUUAGUUGUUGAAGGGAUUGAAAUCAGGCCUAAGGAGGGCUAAUGAUUUGAUUUUGAAAGUUCAUAUGGUGUCUGUGCUAAGCCACUUUUCAAGUGAGUGCAAGAAAAAGAGGUAGUAGAAGCUACGAGGCCUAAAACCGUUGUCCCACGUGUGGCUGGGGAGAUCUUGACCACAAGAGUUGCACAAGUUUCAAGAAUUGAAUCACCAUUGCAGUCAAGUUGGUACUAAAAGCUAGUACGUGUAUAGUGUCAUAAGCAUUUUAUAUUUUCUUGUGAUUUGUAAUGUGUCCCCUGUCGUUUUUUUCUGUAGUUAUUUGUCUUAAAUAAUUUGUGGAACUCAUAUGCUGCUUAAUACUCUUUGUGGGUGAUGUCACUCGUAUACUGUUGUUUAACCGAAAAAAAUAGAUUUUUGGUCAAA